UUGCGCCGGCGUGCCGCGCUAGCGAUGACGCUCGAAGUGAGGGCAACACCGGCACGUCCACGCUCGAUGACACGAUGGCCCGAGUCAACCACGUGAUGCCGUGCGCGUCGCCACGCCCUUGCUGAUCAUCUGUCCUGUGAAGAAACCAAGUACCAUUUCGUCACGCGGUUGGUGCCGAAGAGGUCCGGCACUCUAUCGGAAAGACUUCGAUCCGCGUGCUUAAGCAGGGAGGCCGCAACCUCUACAUCCUCCGUGUAGUUCGCCCGAGCCCCGACCUCCAACAAUGACCGAAUGCACCUGAGUAUUUCUGUGAGACAGCGGAUAACUCGUAUCCGCAAAGAACGCUUUCUUCGGCAAGGGCAAUAGUGGGAGGUGUGUAACGGCAGCGUCUGGCUAUCGCCUAGUGUUUGUUGACUGACAGGGCAGCGUGACCCCGUCACAAUGAAGCGCCGCGAUCUUCGCUGAGAACGGCAAGUCAUCCUGCGCGACCGGCGACCGGUAGCGUGCUCUCCUCUCGUUCGCUUCGCAGUAUCUGAUCGUUCGUCAAUCUAGCGCCCUUCGGAAGUGCGCGCUUUCUGGGCGGCGAGUGCCUGUUGGUGUCGUACUGUGGCAACGCACCUCCAGUGAAGCGCUCUCUCGCCAACUUCGUGCGUGAAAUUCUUGAACGUCGUGGAACAGCGGUUCGUUGUAUAUGCCAUCGUGAGCGUCCUCGGCUGUUUCGUGCAUACACCAUUUGAAAGACAACACGCAAGUCGCAUAGUUGGUCUGUGGUGCGGUGAAGAAAAGCUUCUUGGCUUUACGCGACAAGACUGGAUUAGACCAAAUACCGAAAGCUUACUGGUUCGCCUCCAAGUCUGCGGAAAAACCCUCCUGCGCCGGAACUCCCAGAGCACAUCGACCUCUGUCGCCCCAUGAGACCCGCAGAUGAGCGCUCCCACGCCUACUACACGGGCCGCGUCGGCCGCCGAGGGGCGCUCUUCGAGAAUGGAGAUGCUGACAGCCGCAGCGGGAAAGGCCCGUGGCAAGGACUCCUCCUCCGUCGUCGCCAUUUGCGGGCGUCCCAGGACAGCACGGCGUGAGUCGCCCCAUGCUCGCCGCGGAUGACCGGCCCGAGGCCAGCGCUGCCGGCCACCACGGCCGCCGGAGGGCGAGACCCACACAUGGCCCUGCUGAGAGCCGCGGCGAAAAAGGUGCUGUGGGGAGAGCUGCUUCAGCUGCUACUGCUGCUGUGGUACCAAGCGGUGCAAGUUGUACCAGUUACAGGACUCAGUGCUCAUUGCCGAUGCGUGACAUUCGACGACAUGUAUGGCAAGGAGUACGGCGUGUUCACCUCUCCAAACUACCCUGUGCCGUACGAGGAGAACAUCGAGUGUGUCCUGUUUCGUUUCAUUGGAAGCCCCGACCAGAUCGUGCGCAUAUCAUUCGAAGAGUUCGACGUGCAACGAAGCAACCUCGAGUGUGUGUACGGUGACUACGUGAAGCUGUUUCUGCACCUGGACAAGGAAGAGGCGGUGAACAAUCGGAGCCCGUACAACUCAAUCCUGUGCGGCAAGAUCAACGACAUCGAGCAGACCCACUACUCUUCGGGACACGCGCUCAUCUUCGAGUUCCACUCCGACUGGCGCCAGGGCAACAACUCUGGCUUCCGGGGAACCUACAGGUUCCUCAGCAAACGCCAGUUCGAGACCGAUGGUCAGGCCGUUGCCGACAGCCGCUGCAGCUUCCUCAUGGAGAGCAGCAACCGGAGUUCGGGCCGCUUCUUCUCUCCCCAGUACCCGAGCUCGUACCCGCGGGACAUCAAAUGCGCCUACAGCUUCCUGGGACGAGAGAACGAACGCGUCAAGGUGCUCUUCGAGCAAGUGCGCCUGCAGCGCGGAGACUUCAGCUGCUUCAACAGUCCGGACGUGAUUCUGGUGCACGACGGACGGGAUGGUAGCGCGCCCGUCAUCGGGCAGCUCUGCAAUCGCAACGUCUGGGUCGAGAUGAUGUCCACGGGGCCCGACCUGUACGUGACCUUCAGCGCGCAGAGCCACUUCCCGGGUCGCGGCUUCAUGGCCAAGUACACCUUCUCCGAGACGCCCUACAACGGCACGCUCGACCAGCUCGUCUCCAUCGAGCCGCAAAAGACCCUUGACGGCGGCGCCUUCAACAAACAAGGCAACGGCAGCUGCGACCAGGUGAUCAUGAGUAACAGCUCCAAGAACGGCACCAUAACGAGCCCCAACUACCCGAACCCGUACCCACCCAACACGCGUUGCAACUACCACUUCCAGGGGGAAGGAAAAGAGCGCGUCCAGAUCAAGUUCACCGACUUUGACCUUUACAUGCCUCACGAAGGCAUCAAGGAGUGCGAGAACGUGGACUCCGUGAUCGGCUUCAUCACCAUCAAGGGACAGCGCGAGCGGCUGGACAACUUCUGCGGCUCGCAGCUGCCCAACCAGAUCAUGUCCAAUGAGCACCGCAUGACUGUCAUCUUCCAGAGCUUCGGCAGCAGGCCGCCCAGCGUCAAGGGAUUCCGGGCCAUCUACCAGUUUGUCACCAAUUUUGGCAUUCCUUCCGGUCGUCAGGACCCACAGGGCGUGUGCACCUUCAUCUACAACAGCUCGGAGGUGUCCAAUGGCACGUUCUCGACGCCCAACUACCCGGGCGUCUACCCGCGGGACACCGAGUGCCACUACCUCUUCUACGGCAAGAGCAACGAGAAGAUCUACAUCGAGUUCGCGUACUUUGACGUCGAAGGCGUGCCCCCGUGCCUCUCGGACACGGCGAGCGACUACGUGGAGUUCUCCAACUUCCGCACGGUGGACCGCAAGAUCCCGCGCCACUGCGGCAACCUGCGACCGACAAAGAUCGAGUCCGACGCCGACUUCUUCCGCGUCUCGUUCAAGUCCAACGACAAGUUCGACGGCACCGGAUUCGAGGCCUUCUACCAGUUCAGAAACAACCCCGAUCCUUUUACCGUUCGACAAGUCUCUGCUGUGCAGAACAAGCAGAAUGCGCACAGAUUUUCGCCUGCAACCGCCCUGCUGUCCCUGGUCCUCCUGUGGCUCCUGGUAGCCGACCACUGAGGCGACAGGCGGGGCAAUCUUUUUUUUUCCACUUCACCCAACGCCGCUCACUCGUCGACUUCAAGUAAACCUCCCCAUCUCUAUACGUUCUCGAUGUGUUCUCGCCGUCACCGAAGAAGAUGAAGCAAAAACAAGCAACAAACAACAGAGAAAGCACAAAGACAUCGACAUGCUUUUCACACCUGGCGCCUCCCGCGCCUCGGUAGGUGCUCCAAAGCUCGACCGUCUUCGUCAGAGAAGAGGACGAAGCUCGUGUUGUGUUAGCGCGCGCGCGUGUGUGUUCGAAGUACUCGCUGUGGAAACGGCACUGGCUGCGGUCCGCCGUACGACGAAAAUCCAAUGCGCACAGACUGUCGUUGACGGACUUCACGCCAAUUUCAUUCGAUCCUCCCGACUGUCUCCCUUAUCCCGCCCCUUCACUGUGACUUCAAAUUCUUCUUUCCUCCCUUUCAGCGCCUCCCCACUUGUUAUUCACGUGCGGUGGUGCAAAGAGCGUGCGACGCUCCACGUCGGGUUUCCGCUGUUAUGUGAGUGUACGUUUAUGUGCGCGUGCGUGUUCGUGUGUGUGUGUGUGGCAGAUCAUUCGAGCGCACCUACUCCCCACGGAAAACCGAAGGACUCUUGCCAAAGAACCUCGAAGAAGACGUUUUCUGCACUUCAGCGCGCCAGCGGGAGAGGACUAUAUGGUGAAAACAGAGAAGCGUGAAAAACAAAACGAAAAAAAAAAGAAAGAGACAGUAGUGAUGACGAUGUGUCAUCCGGUGCACUUUCACUGUCUCUCUAUCUAGAUGAAUAAAGCGACGACGGAGUCAAGGCGCGGUCACCGCGAAGUGCGCUGUUCUCGAAACGAGGGCAACGACCCCAUCUACAAUAUGUCACCCUUCCCACCCCACCUCAUGUUUGAGCUCGGUGUCAUGAGCUUGCGCUGUCAUUUUGUUUUGUUCUUUAUCUAGAACGUCCCGACAUUGUUUGGACCAUGUAAACGCAUGGACGAUGAGACGCCAUUCGCCGAAAUCUGAAAGAGGAUGGCCCCAAAGGUCGUUUGCGUUUGUCGUCCUUGCCCGGCCUAUAAUAAUAACGAAUCGGGUUGGGGAGCGUGUUUUGGAGUAGGUAUAGCUGGUGUUGAUUAAGAUCUAAAUCUGCUUCCAUCUUAUCUCGGACGUCAGAAGCUUACCGAGUCACUCACGUGCGCGACGGUAAAAAACGGCGUGUCCAUAAGUGUUGGUUUUCUGCACGCGGUAGUUCAUGAAAGGAAAACAUCACCAUCCACUUGUGAGUAAUUCGAGACUAACAAAGGAAACCCGCACGGGUAUCAGGGUCGAAGAAGAAUUUGUCUCAUCCGGGUAUCGAACCUGUAACGAAGGUCUUUCAAGGGCUUUCGCUCUACCAUAUGAACUUGAUCGGGAGGACUGCAGCUGGCAGUGCGAGGACUGAUUAGUCGAAAGCUCGAGGCGCAGGAAUUAUCCUCGAAACGUAUCUUGCUCAUUCAGUGUUUCCCCACUGUAAAAAAAAAAUCGCAGCGCGUUGUGGCUUGUCUUGUGCACUAAAGAAAAAUUCAGGGUUGUCUUGGCGGUAAAUGCGAGAGAAAUGCGUCAGCGUUACGUCGCACCUUGUUGAGGUCCCGGAUCCAUGAUUUAAACUGCGUUCACCUCAUUUAAAAGUUAUUCAGGAGCUCACUUGACACACAUCCUGCCUCUUUGACCUUCGACAAGUGAAGUACAACUGACGCUAGUCUGUAGCAGACUAUAAUACGGCCAGUUGCACUAUAUAUAUACACGCUCUUCUAAGCUCUCCCAUUCCGUCUAUACUCUCUACCACGUGACCGACUUCACACACUUCAAACACAUGCACUUUUUACCCCUUAGAGGCCCAUAAUGCUGACGCAUUAAAAUCUUCAUGCAUGUCGCGAGCACUUCCAUUAGUUACGACAGCGCUCCCGAUAUACGUUGCGAACGACGCGCGCCUUGCAGCAGGACAAAGCGUUCCCGACUUUACCGACAGGAAUAUAACAAUAAAAUAUAACAUAUAUUAAAAUAUAUAUAAAAAUAUAAUAAAAUAAAUGCGCGCUAGGCAGAUGACGUUUAUUGUUAGGGGACAAGAUGAGCCGGAAUGAGUGUGAAGGUUCUUUUUUUUUCUAGAAUGCAGGGGCUUUCAUACUGUCAAUGAAUUCGACGUCGAGCCGCCAUCCGCUAGCUUCGUGGCUAGCUCGGAUAACAGAGCGGCCGCAACGAAAAGGCAUUGGUCAUGAGUUCGAUUCCCGGCCGAGACGAAUCUUUCUACGAUUUUGAAGCUUUCUAAGUGACCCACAUGGGGGGGUUUGCUCUGUAGGUCAGUGCCACUUCCGGAUGGAUGAGACAUGCUUCCCUUCCGUGAAACGUUCGUCAUUUUGCGGAUUUCCGCAGAACUGAUUUGCUGUAGUUCUCGUUCUGCGGUUAGUGCUCAACGCUUUCAUUGGCUAAAGACAGGUUUGUUUUAAAGCAAUAGUUAUUGACUCUUUGUAUCUCUGUCUUGCUUUGCACUGAAGGAGUGAGAUGAAUGUUUUUACCCUCGUUCUUUUCAAAAUCCUUCAAAAUCCGUGGCGAGAUUUCAUUUUUAUUCCUUCCUGCCACGAAGCAGUGAAAUCUUUGUGCACUGAUAGUUUCCGUUUUCCAUUGCCUAAGUUUUCAUGUAGAUACGCACGACGGCGCUCGAUAGCACUGCGAAUUAUUUACGCAUUUGGUCUCUCAAACGCCAGUAUGUACAUAUUUCUUGCAUCGCACGCACCAGCCGAAGCUUUACCGGUGUCUCAUAUUGCUUCGCCUUAUCCUUAUUUAUUGGGUUGCAUUCUGUAAAGUUGAUUCGCCUCUGCUUUUGUUCGGACUGAUCUUCGAAGAAGUUGACGCGCACGAUUAAGAGCAAGAACAAGACAAUGUAAACACGAGAAGUUGUUAACAGUGCAAUGUUGUUUUUAUUUUGUCUGAUUCCAUCUAUGAACAAUAAAAAUUACUACCUUGAA